UGAGUUUGAGGUGCGGCCUGAAUUUUUAUGCUUCCGAAGUGUGGAUCGGUAUGUUACUUGGGUCACAGGCAACGCAAGGUUUCUGAUGCUGUAUAAUGAAUUAAUUUUUGUGAUUGUGAUUAAUUUUUUUACUUUCAUUUUGUUGACUGUGUGUGUUUGUGUGCGUGUAUGUAUAUGUGUGUGUGUAAAUAUAUAUAUAUAUAUAUAUAUAUAUAUAUAUAUUAGGUUUACAGAUGUACAGUGGAGGAGACAUUCAGAUCAAAUCAGUUCAGUCUAUGGCUUAAAUAAAUCGGAGCACUGUUGGCUAGUUGUUGUUCGUCCAUCUAAAUCUGUACUGCCAUUUAUAUAUUUGUUUUCCAGAUUGUUACACAUGACAAGAAGGAUUUUUAUUAUCAUUUUUGGUGCAAUUUGAGGCCACAACAACAUCCUUGUUAAGGGACGCUGAAACCCUAAAACCUGAAGGAGAGAGAUGAAUGGGCAUGUGGCGUGUGUUUCAUGUAAUAACACGCAUGCUGAUGUUUCGGGAAUGCUAAUACCUUACGCUGUUUAUGGCAUUUAUUUCAAAGGGCAAACUGCACUUGCAAUCCGUCCCGUUCUGUCAACAAAUUCAGCCUCUCGCCCCCUCGUCUUCUCUCCUCGCUUACGUUAGUCGUGUGUGCCUUUACGCACACCCACUCGCCCAAUCGCUACAGACUGCGCGGAGUCCCGUGCAGUCACACAGCACGACCCUAAGAUAGGGAUAUUCCACUCGUCUGCUGGGAUUUAUUCGAGUUAUAUAUUUAUUAAUAUUACAUAACAGGCGCUGGCAUGACAUGCACUUCCGUCAUUCGACAGAACGGGUAAUAUUUUACGGAAGUACUGUGCUCACAUUCUCUUGAAAGGACGUCCAGGCAGCCAGUUCACCACCCAGUUGUAACCACUUCAGCCGCUACAGACGUGAGGCCCCACGACAGUACUGAGAGUAACCCCCACAACGGUUCUGACGGGCACCCCCCGGUAGCCACAAGGCAGUAGCCCCGCGGCGAUGGAAGAACCGAGCGUGUCCCCCACCCCCGAGCCCCGGCUGCAGUCCCCCCGCAGUGGCUCCUUCUCCUUCCCCUUCCCGAGGGAGGGCAGCCACGUGUGGGAGAAGGGCCCCCACCACCUGCUCGGCGAUCUGCCCAGCCCCCUACCCACCAAGCGCACACGCACCUACUCUGCCACAGCCAGGGCCAUUUCAGGACCUGUUUUCAAGGGCGUCUGCAAAAACUUCUGCAGGUCGCAGGGUCAUGGCUUCAUCCGGCCAUCCAAUGGCGGAGAGGACAUCUUCGUCCACAUCUCCGACAUUGAGGGGGAGUAUGUGCCUGUGGAAGGGGAUGAGGUCACCUACAAGGUUUGCCCCAUACCACCCAAGAACCUGAAGAUGCAGGCUGUGGAGGUGAUCAUCACUCAUCUGAACCCAGGGACGAAGCAUGAGACCUGGUCUGGAGAGAUAAUGCGCUCCUAGGCCUCGACUCUGGCCUACGACUGCGGUACGCGGGAGAAUGGCGGGAAGUAGAAUAGACUGCAUGCACCUGUGUGUGUGUGGAUGUGUGUGUGUGUGUGAGCGCGUGUGUGGCGCGGAGUUAAGAACGGAUAAAAGUAGAGAAGUGAAAACUGGUAUAUAGAUGAUGAAGUAUCACUGGAAGUUUAAUGAGAAGGAUGGAUGGUGAGUUUAUGAAGGAGAAGAGAAGAAAGAAAGGUACAGGAGAGGGUGCAGAAAGUUCUAAAGUAGCUGAAAAAGAGAGGGAGACAAAGCACACAGGAGGGUCAUGGAUGCUAGCUUUGAUUCUAAAAAUUUUUAUCAGUACCUGUCUUUUUAUUUUGGCCUUUAUUUAUUUGGUUAUUUUCAAUCUCAAGUAUUGAUUUAGCAUUUUGUUUGAGUUCAUGCUUUGGUGCUUUUAUACUGUUGGAUCUGGGUGUUGUAGUCAACUAACUAAAAGAAGCCUUUGGAGUUCCAGUAUAAGUACUGCCAAAUUCACUACAACUACCAUAGAUCAAGUUUCAGGUUAUUCAGAGCAGACAAUAUAGCAUUUCAGUCUAUUGUAAAUUACUGGUGUUUAAUAGGGUAUAGAAUAUUAUUUAAAUUCUUAGCCCCUUUUAUAUUGUGAAAGAAACAUUUUGUUUCAAUCACAAAUUUUAAACAAUUGCAUUUGAAAUAUUUUUUUAUUAAACCAAUACUCAGAUCACUUAAAAUACAAUAUCAUUGCUGCACCACGUUUUCACAUCAUUUACCAUAUCAGAACAUUUUCUAUGCAUUUUUUCUAACUUUAAUUCAUUUUUGUAAUUAUUUUAAGAAAUGUUUUUGACAGUAAAAAAUGCUGUUUUGCUUUAUUAAACAAGCAUUCUGUUCCUUUUUUUAACAAUUGUUUUCUGGUCAAAUCACUGAGUGUUGAAAGGUCAUUAUGACGACAAAUUGGAAUGACAAAUAAAAAGUGUUGAUUCCCA